UAAAACAAACGAACCUAACCUAACCUAACCUGAUUAACGGCAACGAGGAAAAAAAGCAAGCCAAAAAGCUCGGAACAAAAGAAAAUCUGAAUCUCACCGACGGCAACAUGGACAGCACAUAUUAGUGUCCGUACUACUUUCUACUUUCCUCAAUGGCUAUCGUUACACGUGUCCCAUUGGGCUUCCCUACAUCUAGGCCUAGCUUCUCCUCCUCAUUAAGCAAAUCAAGUCAAUGUCAUAAACAUAGACAUAGUUUGGUGGCAUUAUCUACAACAUCGAUAAGGGUUCCAGAAACUUCCACACUUUUCUCUCCUUAUAUUAUAUUGAGCAAUUCACCAUUUCUGCAAAAGAGGGACACAAAGGGUUUUAGAAGAGUUAAAGUGGUAUCAGCAGCAAUGGCAGACUUGGCUCCAAGCACUGUUCUUGUUACUGGAGCUGGUGGCAGAACAGGUCAAAUUGUUUAUAAGAAGUUAAAGGAGAGGUCAGAGCGGUAUGUUGCAAGAGGUCUGGUCAGAACAGAAGAGAGCAAGGAGAAAAUUGGUGGAGCAGAUGAUGUUUUUGUUGGGGAUAUAAGGGAUGCUGCCAGCCUAGUUCCUGCAAUCCAAGGUAUUGAUGCUCUUGUAAUUCUGACAAGCGCUGUGCCGAAGAUGAAGCCUGGUUUUGACCCAAGCAAAGGUGAAAGGCCCGAGUUCUGCUUUGAAGAUGGAGCAUAUCCUGAACAGGUUGAUUGGAUUGGGCAGAAAAAUCAAAUAGAUGCUGCUAAGGCUGCGGGAGUGAAGCAAAUUGUGUUGGUUGGCUCUAUGGGUGGAACAGAUCUAAAUAAUCCCUUGAACAGCUUGGGUAACGGCAAUAUAUUGGUUUGGAAGAGAAAGGCUGAGCAGUAUUUGGCUGACUCUGGUGUGCCAUACACAAUUAUAAGGGCUGGAGGCCUGCAAGAUAAAGAAGGAGGUAUCCGAGAAUUACUUAUUGGAAAGGAUGAUGAGCUUCUUAAGACAGACACAAGAACCAUUGCGAGGGCUGAUGUUGCAGAAGUCUGCCUUCAGGCACUACAAUUUGAGGAGGCCAAGUUUAAGGCGUUUGAUUUGUCCUCAAAGCCUGAGGGAGCUGGUACACCAACAAAGGAUUUUAAGGCUCUUUUUGCUCAAAUCACCACUCGUUUCUGAUUUUUGAUGGCCAAUAUACUUUGUCUAGGACAGUGUUUCCUCAUUCAAACUUCAAAGUUCUAGUUCAAAACAUUGUUAUUUGACAUCAUAAUUAGCUAUGUUGAACAAAGCUACUGUAACUGGCUUAUUAACUCUAGAAGCUCCGGUUCCUGAAGCUUUGUAUGAAACACUUUUUAUUCCUAGAGCGAUCUUGAGGUUAGAAGCCUGGAUUUGUGUGU